AUGGGUCUGAGUGAUACUGGAAAGAUCAUUCUGCCAGUUCUAGUACCCAUAGGAACAUUCUUUCUCAUCAUCUCUCUCGCUCUUCUGUAUCGUAGGAAAUACCCGGUUCAUGGUCGUCAAGGUAGGUUCUCUCGGGGAAUUUGGUAUCCACCUAAAAAUUCCUCAACUGGUCAAAAGACAUAUACCAAUUCAAUACCUCUUUUCGAACUUCCUCCUCUACCAUCAUCAUGGAAUACCCACGAAGAACAUACAUGUCCAACAUGCGGUACCAAGACCCAACAUGCCGCGGCACAAGAACAACAACAAUCAUGGAGAAGAGAAACAGAUAUCACAUCAUCUGAUACGACAUUAGUCCAACCUACAUUCUCGAAACAAUCUGUCAAUAUCAGAAGAAUAUCAGCUGUACCGGAACAAGAUCAAAAUAAACGAUUACUUUCUAUCGCUUCAUCUCUUGCUGCUUCAUCAUCUGAAUCCAUUACUCUCAGAGCGGCAAGUUCAUCUGAUGCAUUGGCUAGAAGUUCUUUCGAUUCCAUGUCAACUUUGACACCAGGAAAUCUCCAUCCUCGUAUUUCUUCCCUUUCCACUGGAGUGGGGAUUUUAGGAUACCCUUUGAGAAAAUUUAGUAAAGCUCAUGAAGAAUUGGAAUAUACUGGGAAGAAAGUAGCGUCUGAUGUUGAAGAUUUCAAUCCUGGGGAAGAAGAACGUCUGAGAGGGAUGGUGGAUAUGGGAGAAAGACGUCCUUCUCUUUUAUCUUCCAUUGGAAGUUUAACCAUUCGACGUAUAUCCGCAGGAGGAUCAGAAGAUCUGGUUUCCAUCAAAAACGGUCUUUUCCCAAGUAACACACAAAUUCCUCCUUCAUUACCUCGACAUCAAGCAGAAGCGGGACCUUCAAGACUUCGAUCAGCAUCUCUUCCAGAGAGUUCGAAAACAGACACACCGAUGAGUUUGAUGACACCUGGAAAUAGAGAUUCUAUGUCACCUGGACAAGUCGGUUUAGCUCAAAGAAUAUCUUUUACACAUGUUCGGGCAGAUGUUAGAUAUCCUAAAGCUGUAUCCGUUCCAGCGAUCACAGUUCAUUCUCCGGCAGACGAAUCGAGGUUCAGUGGAAUGACAUUUGGGUCGAGAAAUCCUUUCGCCCCUGGAAUCAAUAUGGGGGAUAAGAGGAGUUCAAUAAUGUUGGAGGAAGGAGUCAAGAUUAGACCGAGUAGUGGGGAAGUACAUACUCCAAGCAAGUCAGUAGUCAUGGCGCAAGUGGGAAAUCUGCAAGAAAAAGAUGUGGCAAGAACACCAAUACCCAAAGAGAAAGUUUGGUUAUCCAGUAGUUCGGCUUUGGCUAGGAUGUCAAUCGGAGCAGCAACUGCAGUCACUGCAGCACUUGCUACCUCCUCUCAUCACACCCACACUCCCGUUGACAAUACACCUCUUUCUGAUCCCUCUCAACCUCGGAAUGAUCCAGGCCAGAAGACCAACGUCAAAUCAAAAGAGUUAAUGCCGAUCAAGUCUAAGUCCAAGUUCAGACCAGAUUCUUUGCUCCUCCUCAAGCGUCGACCCAAGAAAUCAGCAUCUAUGGAUCAAGCUUUCCAACCACCUCUACCUCAGAGAUAUUCCAGUGAACCGGAUAUUCCUUCUCUCGCAUGGACCGAACCUCUCGCUUUACAUGGCGUGGCGGAAGAUCAAUUGUUUACGGCAGCUUCGGUCAGAGGGAUGAAAAGUCCAAGUGCUCAUUCACCUUUCCGUCCAUUCCAUAUUCUGAAGAGAAGACAUACCACUGCCGAUUUGACCAGUUUAGGGGAAUUUCCCGAAAUCACCAGAUCGCCUCUACCCCAAAUACCUAGGAGUUCUUCCUUGGGCGUUCCUUCAGAAUCAACGGUGAUCAUGCGGGAUGUGGGGGGAAAUAACGUCAAGAAUGAUAAAGGGUCAAAAGAGAAAGUCUCCAAACCAGAACAUGGAAGGGAAAAGAGUAAGGACAAGGAGAAGAAGAAGAAAGAUGAAGAUAAAGAUAGGAAAGGAAGCAGUAGUAAAGAAGGAGAUAAAGAAAAGAGAACAAAGAGCAAUAAAGAAACGAAGGAUAAAGAUAGAAAACAUAGUAAAUCCAAGGAUAAAACUACUGAAGGGGAACAUGAGAAUCAAGAGAAGAAAAAUAAUCAUACGGAUAAGAAAGGAAAAGAGAAUAAAGAGAAAACUCACAAGAAAACCAAAGAUAAACAUCGUGAUUCAAUACAACUUUAUCAAUCUCAAUCUGAACCUACUUCACCCAUCGAUAUUGGAAUUUUCGAAGGAUGGCAAGGUUUCGCCCCUAGUCGACCUGUAUUACCUAACAAACGUCGUCCUUCCGCUUUAUCUCUUCAUUCCACCAAUACCCAAGCUUCGAAAUCAGCACCUGAUAAGGGAAGGGGAAAGAUCACUUACUUGGCUGACUUGACCCAUACCAAUGUCCCUACUGUGAAUAAGAUGAACAAUGGGGUAAUUGACGAUACGAUUUCACCGAAGACUCCUAUUGUACGUGGUGGGGAAAGAAGGGGAAAGAGAAAAUGA